AUGCCUCCCCGCCCACAUUACUACUCGCUCUUCGCACCACCACGGCUGUCGCUGUCUGAGCUGGUGCAAACUACCUUGUCUCACGACUCAACGGAUCUCCUCAUCGACCGUUGGCUGGAACACCGGGGAUAUGGGCAUGGAGAUGUUUACUACGAGUGGUUCAGAGAUGCGAGGGAGAGAAAGCAGACUGGCCAUGAUCAGCAGAGUAUUGUGUGGAAUAAGGGCGACUUUGUGCCUGAGAACAUCUUCUGUCGGACAGUGGACACUGGCCGUCUCAUCCCCCUCGAUCGAACUUGGACUACCCAUCUCUUUCACCAUCGUUCUAUGCAGGAGCGUAAUGGAAUGCCCAUUGUCUUCACCAUGCUCCCAGAACUCAUGCUUCUUCGGGGAAUGCACGAUGCUGGCUGCGACGAAAUAUACAUCAUCGUCACCGAUCUCAAGCGCCAGGAAAUGGACGACGUAACCGCCUUCUUCAAGCUCAUUUGUCGAAACACCUUUGGCCGGACUUGCAAGCCCAGUAUAGAGCAACAGAUCCAAUACGAGCACAUGCGAAUAUCCCACACCCUCGCCCGCCAACGACGAACCCCGUGCUUCCCACAGAUUGACCUCACCUUCCGAGCCCUCCUUUACGAGAAGCGCCCACGGUUUAUCAUCUUGUUCUCCAACCAACCCACGUCUUAUUCCCAGAUCAUCUUCACCCACCGCUCCUAUGUCCCCAGUGCAGACCUUUUCUUUGACUAUCCCACGGGCUGUCUCAACCCCUGCUGCACUGACGACUGUGAGAUCAUUCGUUUCCCCAGACGGGGUGUCGAAAACGCUCAGGUCCUUGACAUCAAACGAGGGGGACGGUACGGCAAGCGGGUCAAACGCAAGCAGAUGUGUAAUUGGAUCGAUUGUGACGUCUCGUUCGAUUCAGAUGGUUAUGCGUUGGAGAAACGACUACCAGACGGGAGUACAGAAGGGUCGGAGAGCAGUGUCGAGGCCAAGGUGGUAACCAAGAUGUGCAGCAAAUGCCGUUUGGUCAAAUACUGCUCCUUGGACCACCAGCGGAAGGACUGGGAGGAGCAUAAACGCGUUUGUGCGAAAGGCUAA